AUGGGUACUGAUCAUUCGCAAAGCCACAGCGUCCUGCUGAUCGAGCGGGGCCCGCCCUCGUCAGGAAGAUGGAAACCCAACGUGGAAACUGCUGCACUACCCUUUGACAACUGGAGGCCAGGGUGGCUAAACGGAUACAAUGUCGUGUCUGCUGCCCUGGCAGCGGCUGGCUGGAACAAUGUAACGGCGAACGAGGUGCCCGACGAGAAGAACGGGACGUUCAGCUACGCGAACUAUCACUACAGGUACGGGUACCGCAACGGACCGGUGGAUACGUAUCUCGAGACGGCCAGAUCGAGGACCAACUUCGCCCUGUGGACAGACACCGGUGUGCGCCGCGUGGUGCGGGAUGGCGGCCGAAUCACAGGCGUGGAACUGGAGUCGAACUCGCGCGGAGGAGAGGUUGUUAACGUCACUGCCAACACAGGGCGUGUGAUCCUCCCUGCCGGGUAUUUCGGAUCACCGAAGAUCCUGUUCCGGAGUGGUAUCGGGCCUGAUGAGCAGUUACAGGUCGUCGCCGACUCGGAAUCCGACGGACCGACUUUCAUUGAUAAGUCGCAGUGGCUUCGACUGCCGGUUGGGGAGAACCUCAAAGAUCAUCAGGUGACCGACUUUCAGAUCUCGCAUUCUUGUGUCAAGAACCAUGACUGGUCGAACCAAAUAUGGGCCAACCCGGUUCAGAGUGAUGUCGAGCAGUAUUUGCAGAACCGCAGCGGCAUGUUGGCAAGCCCUCCAAACAACCACGGCAUGGCCUGGGAAGUCCUCGACGGGUCUCUAUUCUCCGAUGGCAGGUCGAGGCAGAUACAGUGGACAACAAGAAUCCAGAAUCCUGGGCCUCCUCACAACGUCUUAUCGUUAUCACAGUUUGUAGGGCGUGGCUCUUCCUCCGUUGGUCGUCUCACCAUCAACUCGAAUAUGACGAUUUCAUACGCGGAAAUCCCUUAUUUCCAGACAGAUGAUGACAAGAAAGCUUGUGUCAUUGCCGGUGAGCGCAUGAUAGCUGCUCUAAGGGCAGACCCGGAGAUAAGCCUGGUGAAGCCAGCUUCCAACCAGACCGUUGCGGAAUACGUCAACAGUGUUGCCAUCCGCAUCGCAUCACGCCGCGGACUCCACCUCAUGGGCACUGCGAGAAUGGGAGCCGACAGCGGCCUAAAUAGCACUCAGGGACAGGUCGUUGUGGAUUCUGACACCCGGGUAUACGGGACAGACAACCUCUUUGUCGUGGACGCCAGUAUCCUGCCCGGGAUGGUGACAGCGAACCCCACAGGGACGAUCUUUUCCGUGGCGGAGAAGGCGGCGGAGAGGAUCCUCAGUCUCUCGAAUAUUGCCAAGGCGAAGAGGGGUGUCUUUUGA